CGGGGCGGCGGAGAACAAGAAGGAGGAGCCGGAGGAGGAAGUCAGCGGCCCGGUGGGCGCGAGUGGGCGAUGGUGCUGCCGCUGCGGCUGUUCGGGUGUGCGCGCCGGGCGAUCCUGGGGUCCGCGGAGGCUGCGCUCUGGGGUUUGAAGUCAAUAAAAGGAAGCUGCCACAAUUUUUGUACUGCUAUUUUUAAAGAUGUCACUUAUAAGGAACUUAAGAACCUCUUGAAUUCCAAAAAAAUUAUGUUAAUUGAUGUUAGAGAGACAUGGGAAAUUGUCGAGUAUGGAAAAAUUCCUGGGUCUGUCAAUAUACCAUUGGAUGAGGUAGGUGAAGCUCUACAGAUGAACCCAAAAGACUUCAAAGAGAAGUACAAUGAAGUAAAACCAUCCAAAUCUGACAGUCUAGUGUUUUCUUGUUUAGCCGGAGUGAGAAGCAAGAAGGCUUUGGACAUGGCCAUAUCUCUGGGCUUUAACAGUGCUCAACACUAUGCUGGAGGAUGGAAGGAAUGGGUAACCUAUGAAUUUUCAGAGAAGAAACACGGAAAUUGAAUUCUGGAAUACAAGUUGGCCCGUCCCUUGUGUACAUGCAGCCUAGGAUAGUGAAAUGAACAAAAGAAUAACAAUCUAGCCCUGGCAUCACUGGUUAAUGGAAAGGGGAUUUUGUGUAAUUCAAUUAUUUGUUGGAUCUUUUCCUUAACUGCAAGUUGAGAAUACUACUCACCCUUGCCUAUUUCCAAAGGCUAUGGAGGAUUGAAAUAAUGUAUGUGACUUGCCAUGGAAAUAUAAGGGUUGGGAUUCUAGAAAUUAAUUUUUAAAUAGUUUAGUAUAGUACAAUAGUAUUCCCAAGCCCAGGUUACUUGUAGUUACCUGAUCAUAACAUAUGACCAUUUGUGUUAGCCUAGCUUCUAUUCAUUAAAGAGUCUAUGAGCUAGACAAAUUAUUUUUUUAAUGAUUAAAAUACAUUUCAGUUUGUAAAUUUUCCCAUUUUAGAAAAUUCAUAAAAUAUAUUUUCUUGUAAUGAUAUGCAGUACAGAUAUUUCUGAUGGAUAUACCUUUCACCCAUAAUGAAUAUUUAGUGAAUAUUGAAUAAAAUAAAAACAGCUAGUAAGCAUUUCUUGAACACUUUUAUUUGGCUUAGAUCCUACGCUACAUAUUCCAAAUGCUAAAAAGAGACUAAAAAAAGAUGCGAUUCUUCCCUGAAGAGGUUUGAUUUCUAGCAGCGGUAUAUAAAUUUUUUAAAUUUUUAAAAAAAACAGACUUUGGGGGUGCCUGGGUGGCUCAGUCGGUUAAGCGGCUGCCUUCGGCUCGGGUCAUGAUCCCGGGGUCCUGGGGUCGAGCCCCGCAUCGGG